AUGUCAAAUAUAGCAAAUAGUCAACACGCGGAGUUUGUAGAGGUCAAACCUGAAGAGCGAAUCAAAGAACUCAAUGACAUUGACCACGAUAUUGCGAAGAUCCUUCGAAGCGCUUCAAAAGCUAUAGGCCUGCUCUCUAAUGAGGAUCACGGCACUAUCAACCCGAAGCUGGAGGAUGUCAAGACUGAAUUUGAGGCCAACGUUCGCGAGUAUUACGCUACACUAGCCAGCACAUCUGUACGGCUGCGACGACAAGUACAUGCAUUGGAAGAGGCUGGCUUGAUUGCUGAAGGUACCAAGUUUGAUGCAAAUCGUGCUAAGCUGAUGGACGAGAAUAUGUCCAGUCGACGUGGUGGUGGAGGACCACUAGACAACAGUUGGCUCAAUGCUCGAGCUAAGGACUCUACAGGUCAAGCACUCAAAGAAGAAUCGUUGAGGGACAUGAAGCAGUUCUUGAAGCACAGCAAUAUUGACGUGGAAGGCAGAUCUCCUGGAACAAUGCAGGUUGACACAGAGACGUGA